AUGGAUAAAACCCUGUGUGAACAGUUUGAUACAUUGAGAAACUAUUUACCCGAUGAAUUACAAAAACAUGAAUCAGUCGAUUUGAAUAAAAAUGAGAAUAUUAAGAAUUAUUGCUAUAAUGGAGAAUCAGAGGAAAGAACAUGUAAGACAGAUCUCGAUAAAAUUAAGGCUGGAUGUUUAUGGUUGUUUGAGCAAUUGUUUGUGAAAAAUAAAAAAAGUAAUAUCAAUAUUGUUCAAUACAUUGUCAUAUGGUUAAGUUAUAAACUAAAUCAAAAGAAGUAUGACGGAAUCAAUGAUCUAAAUGAUUUUUACAAAAAAUGUAUAGAAAAUAAUACGCAUUAUACUGAGUGUAAACAAGAUGGUAAAGAUUGUAGUAAUUCAUUAAAUAGUAAUACAGGAUAUAACAAUUAUAAGGAAAUCAUAAAUGGAAGAAAGAAUUUGUUGAGUACUAAUAUUAAAAAUAUGUCUAAAAUUUAUGAUGCAUUUAAACCAUUAUGUAAAAUGUAUACUGAACUUAAUGCAAACAGCACAAUAUCUAAGGAAUCUUUAGAAAAUGCUAACAAAUUUGUUGAAAAAUAUAAAGAACUUAAUAGCAAUUCUGAUAAUACUAAAGAUGAAGUCUAUUAUCAAGUAUUGUCUACAUUAUCAAGUGAUUAUAAUAAUUUAAAAGAUUAUUGUGAUAGUAAUAGUAUUGAUUGUAGCGAAAUUACAUUCCUUACAUCGACAAAUACAGAAGAAAAUGGUGUGCAAAGUUCUGAAGAGAGUUGUGAUGUUACAUCAUCAAGUUUGUCGAUAGUAAAAAAAUUAAUUCUAGCUUUAUUAAUAUUCAGUGUAAUAUCAAUCUUUUUGGGAAUUUUUUUUAAGUGUUCGUUAUUUGUAUUACGGAAAAGAGCUCAAAAACAAUAUUUAAGAGAAAAGCUAAAAAAGUAA